GGGAGGUUUACGAUUUAACGAUUAAAACAAAACGUUUUCAUGGGGGUAAAGGAUAUAUUUUUCUUUUAUCGUGACAUCUGUGGUGUUCUUCAUCGUAUCUCGCUCUAAUGGACCUCACUCUGGAAAAUGACUUCUCUCUCCGAUAGUUUGAUGACCUCGGACCCUUCUAAAUCGGCAUUUUUGGAGUUUGGACACGGCUAUCCACCUCACCAGCAGCCUUCAGCGGCAUAUACGCACUAUCCUGUCCAUAGUUUACAUCAAAGCGGACACCAGCACGACGUACCAUUCACUUCCAGCGCUAACUCUUACCGUCCUCUCGGUUACCAUUACAGCGGUGUGGGCGCGCAUCAUUCUGGAACGUACUUGCAGUAUCAACGAAACAACCACAACAGCGGGCUGGGACACUCAAGACCAGACGAAACAGAUUCAGAAAAAGCAGCUGUGACUGAAAAUGAAGAAAUACGGUUAAACGGAAAAGGGAAGAAAAUUCGCAAGCCUCGAACCAUUUACUCUAGCUUACAGCUGCAAGCGCUAAACCAGCGAUUUCAGCAAACUCAGUACCUCGCCUUACCGGAGCGCGCUGAUUUGGCAGCGAAGCUGGGUCUCACUCAAACCCAGGUAAAAAUAUGGUUUCAGAACAAACGGUCCAAGUACAAAAAGAUAAUGAAACACGGCUCGGGCGCCACAGAAGGGGAGCACCUUCAAGCAGCCACACCCUCAGGCACUGCGUGCGCUGCAGCGAUGCCUCCAUUAUGGGAUGUUUCGAUGUCAAACAACAGUGCCACCAUACACACUGGAGGAUAUAUGAACUCUUUCGGGCACUGGUACCCAGGUCACCAUCAAGACUCUGUCUGGUCUGAGCUCAAAUGA